CGAGAACGUCACCUCCAUCCGCAUCCCCUCGGAGCUGAUCUGGAGGCCGGACAUUGUGCUCUACAACAAAACUGCACCAUGAAGUUUGGGUCCUGGACCUACGACAAGGCCAAGAUCGACCUGGUGAGCAUGCACAGCCGCGUGGACCAGCUGGACUUCUGGGAGAGCGGCGAGUGGGUCAUCGUGGAUGCGGUGGGCACCUACAACACCAGGAAGUACGAGUGCUGCGCCGAGGUGUACCCCGACAUCACCUACGCCUUCAUCAUCCGCCGCCUGCCGCUCUUCUACACCAUCAACCUCAUCAUCCCCUGCCUGCUCAUCUCCUGCCUCACCGUGCUGGUCUUCUACCUGCCCUCCGAGUGCGGCGAGAAGAUCACGCUGUGCAUCUCCGUGCUGCUCUCGCUCACCGUCUUCCUGCUGCUCAUCACCGAGAUCAUCCCGUCCACCUCGCUGGUCAUCCCGCUCAUCGGCGAGUACCUGCUCUUCACCAUGAUCUUCGUCACGCUGUCCAUCGUCAUCACCGUCUUCGUGCUCAACGUGCACCACCGCUCGCCGCGCACGCACACCAUGCCGGCCUGGGUGCGCAGGGUCUUCCUGGACAUUGUGCCACGGCUGCUCUUCAUGAAGAGGCCGUCCGUCGUUAAAGACAACUGCCGGCGGCUCAUCGAGUCCAUGCACAAGAUGGCCAGCGCCCCCCGCUUCUGGCCCCCACCGGAGGGCCAGCCUAACGUCCUAAGUGACAACCGUGGCCUGUCGCCCAGCCCGUCCUCCCGUGUCUGCUCGGACACGCCGGCGGAGACCCCGCCCGUCUGCAAGCCGCCCUCUGACCAGGCCCCUGCCCCACAGCUCUUAGACGCCGAGAAGACCAGCCCCUGUCCCUCGCCCGGUCCGCGGGGGCCACCCGGUGGGGCCGGGGCGCCGGGGCUUGUCAAAGCCAGGUCCCUGAGUGCCCAGCUCGUGUCCAGCCCCGGGGAGGCAGUGGAGGUCAGUGUCCGGUUCCGGUCUCGGAGCAUCCAGUACUGUGCUCCCCGAGACGGCCCCCCUCCCGCCGAGGGCCAGCUGGCCGGCUCCCCAACGCCCCCGAAGGCCUGCUGGACCAAGCCUCCCACCCCAGACCAGCCGUCUCCGUGCAAAUGCUCGUGCAAGGAGCCCUCCGCUGUGUUCCCAGUCACUGUGCUCAAGACCCAAAGCACCAAGGCCCCACCCAGACCCCUGCCGCUGUCGCCGGCCCUGGCGCGGGCAGUGGAGGGCGUCCAGUACAUCGCAGACCACCUGAAGGCAGAAGACACGGACUUCUCGGUGAAGGAAGACUGGAAGUACGUGGCCAUGGUCAUCGACCGUGUCUUCCUCUGGAUGUUCAUCAUCGUCUGCCUGCUGGGCACCGUGGGCCUCUUCCUGCCGCCCUGGCUGGCCGGCAUGAUCUAGGCACAUGAUCGGGGCCCGGGGUCUGCAGGCCAUGGCGCUGGCUGAGCCUGCAUGCUCCUGGCUCCGGGCGGGAGGUCCCAGCCCCGGCCUGCCGCCCCCGGCUCCCGAGCCUGCUCUGAAGCCCUGGAGCGAGACAGGGCCUGCGGGACUGGACAGCAGUGGUCAGCGGGGGCCGGUCUGUGCUCCUCGCAGGGCAGAGUCGCACCCUGAGCCCGAUUAAAGCUCCUACA